UUUUAAUAUAUCCGUUUCGUUAUGUCAAAAAAUUUUCGAUAGUAGAAUUUUUUAAAUAUUUUAUUAUUAUUUACAUGCUUAUAUUUCCUUAAAGUUAAUGAUGAAAACCGAUGGUCCAUAAAUUUUUUUAGUUUUUUUUUUGUGGUAGAUAGCAUGCUCCUCAUAUAUUUAUAUAUUUGUAUAAUCAUUGUCGGUAAAACAUGUUUAUUUUCUUUCUUUCUUCAACUCGAAUGAAAAUCGCGGUCAAAAUCUAGUUACAAAAUCCAAAUUUAGGACAGCACUAUCAUACAAUUCACUUCCAAUAAUCUGCAAAGAUACCGCAGAAUCGGGUUGUGGCAAGAAUUGCCGCAUGUCGUUACCUCAUGCUUCAAGACGCAAGAGUGGGAAGCGGCGACCGCGUCAGUUGCGUGCAAGCGCGUCGACGCACGCGCAGAUAUACGACCGCGUUCCUAUUUCAAAACUUCGAAUUUCGGUUGGAAUAGUGUUGGGAUUUUUGUGUGUGGAAUAAAUUCCAUGUCGUCGGGACGCGCGGCCAGUGAAGUGAGAAGUGCUUGGUGAUUGUGACGUGACCGUUUAUUUUUGGAACAUUUUUGAAUUUGGAAACGAAAUGGUGGGGUCGCGGUGGCCCAUACUGUGUCUGCCCGUGCUGCUGGCGGCGGCCUGCGGCAGCGACAUCCUCAUGGUCACCAUGGGUGGCACCAAGUCCCACAAAAUGCCUUUCUGGGAGCUCUCCAGGGGACUCAUCAGGAGGGGUCACAACAUCACAUUAAUCAGCGCGUUUCCUCCCGACUUCCACAUUCAAGGCCUGGAGGAGAUAGCGCCUGAAGGGCUGGUGUCCUACGUGAGGGGUUACAUGACCUUCGACCUCGUCGGUGCGAGGAUGAGGGGAGAAGAACCGCUGCCGGUCAUGGAUAUCCUCAGAUAUGGAUAUGAGGCAUGCGACGCUUUCCUCGGCGACUACGAGAUGCGGUCCUUCCUCAGCUCCGGCAGGACGUUCGAUCUGAUGAUCCUGGACGGCAGCUACCCGGAGUGCGCGCUGGGGCUGGUGCACCGGCUCAAGCUGCCCUUCAUGUACAUCAAUACUGUCGGCUUCUACGCCAUGCCCUUCAGCGGCUCCGGCAGCCCCGCCCCGUAUUCCGUCACGCCCUUCUUCGGGAAAGCCUACACAGAUAACAUGGGCAUCAUAGACCGCGCUCUCAACGCGGGCUGGCACAUCGGGACGAAGCUCCUGCACAGCGUCAGCAUCGGCAUCCUCCACAGCGUCCUGAAGAGACACCUGGGGCCCCAGACCCCCCACUCCUACGAUAUGGCAAAGAACGUCAGCUUCAUCCUGCAGAAUGGACACUUCUCGGUGUCGUAUCCGAGGCCGUAUCUACCUAAUGUGGCUGAGGUGGCGUGCAUCCAUUGCAAGGAGGCGAAAAGACUGGAUCCUGAAAUAGAAGAAUGGAUCUCCGGUGCGGGCGACGCUGGCUUCGUGUACGUGUCCAUGGGUUCCUCCGUGAAGACCACCAAGAUGCCGCUCUCUGCCCACCGCAUGAUCGUCAGCGCCCUGGGCCGGCUGCCGCAUAGGGUGCUGUGGAAACAGGACGCGGAGCAGAACAUGACCGACAUACCUUCCAAUGUCAGGCUUUAUAAGUGGCUGCCUCAGCAGGAUCUGCUUGGCCACCCAAAGAUCAAAGCCUUCGUUACUCACGGCGGACUGCUCAGCAUGUACGAGACGGUCUACCACGGGGUGCCUAUCGUCACCAUCCCGGUCUUUUGCGACCACGACUCCAACGCUGCCAAGGCUGAACUAGAUGGAUAUGCUAAAAAACUUGACUUGCAACACCUAACCUCCGAUAAACUGUACCGAGCUAUCAAAGAAGUUAUCAAUGAACCCAAAUAUAGAAAAGAAGUGAAGUAUAGACAGAUUUUGUUAAGAGACCAGAAGGAAACUCCUCUAGAACGCGCUGUGUAUUGGACAGAAUACGUGAUACGACACAAAGGGGCAUAUCAUUUGCAGAGUCCCGCGAAAGAUUUAAACUUUUUCCAAUACUACAUGUUAGAUGUUGCGCUAUUAGUCACACUCACAGUUAUUACAAUAUUGUGUCUUAUUUCCUACACGAUAAGAUACGGAUUUAAGAAACUAGUAACGUACGUGCAGAACAGACAAGUGAACAAGUUGCUGGAUAAAUCGAAUCGAUUGUUGAAGCAAUCGAAUUUGCUAAUAAAUCAAGCGACAAUCGCGAAGAAGAAGCUGUAGAUUAUAAGCAUAGCCUGUAAGGCAUUCCGUGGUUACCAGCAACGUUACCAGUAAGAGAUUAAUGUAAAGGUGCGCGACCACUUGGAGAUAAUUGAUGCGAACUAUUAUACAAGCUUUUUUAUACGCGAGUUGAUCAUCAAUUGUUGCCAAGAUACGCACGUUAAUAAUAACGAUGGUUUUGUAAAUAAUUAGACUAAGUUAUGUUUCGUCUUAUAAUUUUACAGAUAAACUACCUACACACUCGCAUAAAUGUUCCCUUCUUUAGAAAUGAAAAGAUGAGUGACAAUGCGAUUGUUUUGAUAUGUUAUGUGAGUUGAAGUUUUCUCAUACAUUAGACUGCCUUUUGAUACUAUAAAAUUUUACAUAUUCAACACUAAGCGAAGAAAAAUACUUUAAACUACUUAUAUAACAAGAUUCACUAGAUAACAAGUUUUAAUCUCCCUUUUUAAGAUACUGGCGAUGAUGAUUAUGUACUACUUAGAAGAUAAUAAUGAUAUAAAUAACAUUGUGAUGUAAAUAAACACAAAAUUGCUCAAAGAUCCCUAUAUUUAAGACUGAACAAAUGUUUUCUCAAUACCAAUGUUUAUUGAAAUGGCUACCUAUAUUAUGUAUGUUUCCAGAGGAACUCUUUGGGUACGGAACUGGUAGGUACUUAACACUUUGGGUACGGAACCCUUAAAUUAAUAAAAAGUUAAUUUUGAUUUCGAAUGUAAAGUAUUUUCUUGUUUACACCACAGAAUUAAGAAUAACAUACAAGUGUCAAAGACAAAACUAAUUAACCCAGUGCAGCGCAGUUGCAGUGGCGUUUCAUGUAUGUCUUGUAGUGUUAUAGGUCUUAUUAUUUCAAUUUCUGUGAUUUCACUAACGACAGACAUACAUAUCAAUUAAAUUGUAUUAUACAUUUUAUUACUGAGUUGUUUAUAUAAUUAUAUUAAUGAAGUGCAUACAAUAAGUUUUUUUUAUAAAUCUGUGAUUUCACAAUGUUCGUUAAUUUUAAAUUAUCAAAAGUAAAAUAAAACGAGAAUUGAAGUAACUACA